GGGGGGGCGCCGAGCCCGCGGGGGUGCAGGGAGGAGGCCACGCACGCUGGGGAGGCUGCUCCCCAGGAGCGGACGGGCUGUCCGCCGGGACGUGCGGGGCAGCUCGGCGAAGCGCUUCAUCUGCGUUAUCCCCGCGCCUGCGUCCGGAAACCAGUACCUCGCCCGGUUGUGGCCGAGGGAGCCGACGACGCCCCAGUAAUCUGCCCUCCCCGUGCGCGGCCUCGCCGCGGCACCCGUGCGCCGAAUGUCUGCCUGACGUCCUCCGAGCAUCUCUCGCCUCGGCUCUGAAUCCCUUGGCCUAGCCCCUACCUGCUCGGCUGCGUACACCUGAACCAGUCGACUACAAACGCAAAAUAAAGUGCUCCAGAGCCCGGGCUCUCCAGAGGACGGAGAGGUGGCAAUCGGCUGGAGCCGCCGGAUGCAGCAGGGAGGCGGCUGAGCUGAGCUGGGCGGGGUUCGCAAGACCGGUGAGAGGACCUGCCGGGUCUGCGACGCCAAAGCGAAGACUCCCAGGUGGGUGAGGAAGGGAGACGGCUCCGGUUGGCUCUAACCAAGGUCGUUUAUCAGUCACCCCACCGUCACAGAUCGCGCCGGGAAACGCAACCCAGUUCUUGCAUGCUGCUGUGGAACAGGUGUUGAAGACCUAGAUAACCGCAGGGAUGGGCAGAUAAGGCGGACACGUUACUAGGGCGCCUGGAGACGCUGGGAAACGGGAGAGUGCAGGCUCUUCUAACCAGAGCUGCAACCAGCCAAGCAGCAAAGCUCCCAGGGUGGCCAGGUGCUCCCAAAAUCCAAGAAGGUCGGUCAAGAUUCUUCUAUGAAAUCCCCCCAUCUGAACGUAUAGGAUUCUGCCCUGCCCCUCGGCUCUGCAUCUGAUGGCUGGGAUUCCAGGGAUCUUGUUUUCCCCCAAUUGUUGUUACCCCUGUUAUCAUCAUGUGAACUCUUUCCCUGGCCGCAUCACCAUCCUACAACCUGGAGUGGUCCUAAGGAAUCUCAAGUUGAUUGUCAAGCUCACUCCCUGAGGAAUUCUCCGAUCUUGGUAGAGUGUGGACCAUCUGGCGUACCUCUUUUUGGCAUGAUAAUCUGACAAAUCUCUAUGCACGUAGGUGCAGUUUUUCCAUUUCUGGGAACAGACCCUGCCACCUCUGUUCAGGGCCAUCAGGCCUGUACCGGAAGGUUUCUCCCAGUCUUGGAAUACUCAAGUUCACUUGGACUCUCUGCUUUGUUCUGGAAGUAUGUGGGCCUCAGCUCAGGCAGGGUCAAAACAGUCUAGGCCUGCAGACCUCCCAGGAGGGCAGAACUUGUUUUCCUCAGCCACGAAGCUGGACUCAUCUGGUUGGAUAGGAGACCAUUUCCUGACUUCUGUUACCUUCCUUGUAAUAUUCACGUGACUCACAUUCCAAGUCAGUUAUGCUGGCUGCCUUCAUUCCUGGUACCCUCCACUGUCUCUCCCCCAGUCCUGCUGCGGCCGCUCCGUAGCCCAGGCCCCAGGAAUGGUCCCUGUGGCAGCAGCUGGUGUCAUUUCAAGAGGUAGCGACAUCUGAGGAGAUGACCAAAGACUGGAACUGUUUGAAAGGUCUGCUGCAGGGACACAAUGCUGGACAGUUACGAGAACGUGGUCCCUCAGGGCUCCUUCUUACAGUUCUCCACGAUGCCCCAGAAAGCUGGAAAUGACCCCCCUGGUGUUUCCGCUACAAGUGAUCUGGAAAUGGAGAUAUAUAACAUGAGAGAAAAGUUUCUUAAAAGCGUGACAAAGUUAGUAGAAAGCAAAAGUUACAAUAGCAAGGUAUUUUCCAAAGAAAAGUACUUUCAAACGAUAAAGGAAGUCAAGGAAGCUAAGGAAAAGGGGAAGAAGUCCUCGCGUGACUACCGCCGUGCAGCAAAAUACGACGUGAUCUCUGUGCAAGGCACAGAGAAACUGAUAGAGGCGACCCAUGGAGAACGGGAUCGAAUUCGGUAUUACGUGCAUAAGGAAGAGUUGUUUGAUAUUCUCCAUGAUACGCAUCUCAAUAUUGGGCACGGCGGGCGGACACGCAUGCUCAAAGAGCUACAAGGAAAAUACGGGAAUGUCACCAAAGAGGUCAUUGUCUUGUAUCUGACACUCUGUAAACAGUGCCACCAGAAGAACCCGGUACCCAAGAGAGGUCUUGCCCCCAGGCCCAUGGCUUUUAAGGACACUGACUCCAGAUGCCAAGUUGAAGUACUUGACAUGCAGUCAAAUGCCGAUGGUGAGUUCAAGUUUAUUUUAUAUUACCAGGACCACUUGACCAAGUUUAUUAUUUUACGGCCGUUAAAAGCGAAGCAGGCCCAUGAGGUGGUCAGUGUCCUACUGGACAUUUUCACGAUUCUUGGUACACCUAGCGUUUUAGAUUCUGGCAGUGGCGUGGAGUUCACAAACCAGGUUGUUCAUGAGCUCAAUGAAGUAUGGCCGGACCUAAAGAUGGUGUGUGGUAAGCAGCACCCUGGCCAGGGCCCGGGCUCCCUGGAGCAAGCCAGCCAUGACGUCAAGAACAUGAUAAAUGCCUGGAUGCAGAGUAACCACUCACGUCGCUGGGCCGAAGGCCUGAGAUUCAUGCAGAUGGUGAGGAAUCAGCUGUUUGACAUGUCCCUGCAGCGAAGUCCAUAUGAAGCAAUGUUUGGUUUUAAGGCUAAACUCGGGCUGUAUUCCUCAGACUUACCCCGGGAAACUGUGGCUGUCUUACAAACAGAGGAGGACCUGGAAAUUGCCGAAGAACAGCUAGAAAGUAGCCUUUGGAUCAGGCAGGAAGAAAGGGCUGAGGUUGGAGCAGACAGAUCUGAUAUGGAUGAGGACCUCAAUCCCUCCGCUCCGGAAGCUGCAGAGCCCAGCACCUCACAGGGGGCCCUCUUCUGCUGGUGACCAGGCCAUCUGAGAAAUGCUGCCAAAUUCCCUGGGGAAAGGAACGUGAAGGCUGGACUCUCCCAUCGGUCAAAUUGUCCAUGGCAGUCCUUGCUCAAAGGGGAAAAACGGGUCGGGUGUGUGACCUGGGGCCACCAUGACAAACAACCACAACCUUGGCAGCCUAGAACAGCAGGAAUUUAUUCUCUCAUCGUUCUGGGGGCCAAAAGUUCAGAAUCAGGGUGUCAGCAGGGUUUGCUCCUUCUGGGGGCCCUGAGGAAGAGUCCAUCCCAUGCCCCUCUCCUUCCUCUGGUGGUUGCUGGCAAUCCUUGGCUUGUACAAGCCCAGUCUCUGCCUCGUCUUUCUGUGGGUCUCCACAUGGCCUUCUCCCCUCUGUCUCAGUGUGUGUUCUCCUUUUCCAUCUCUUAGAAGGACACUAUUGGAUACCAAAUCCACGUCUUUGAGUUUAAGGCCCACCCCAGUCGAGGAUGAUCUCAUCUCGAGAGCCUCCCCGUAAUUAUAUUUGCAGAGACCCUUUUUCCAAGUGAGGUCAGAUACGCAGGUAUUGGGGGUUUGGCCCUGGGCAUAUCUUUCUGGGGGACAGAGUUCUACCAACUACCGUCAGAAGAAGGGUGUAUUUGCCUGCAGAAUAUGAACUGAUGGGGUCUUAAGUGUAUAGAGCUGGUGGUGGUGCCCUCCAUAUAUCUCCCACGCAUUCCUUCUCCUGCCAAAUCCUGCUCCUCAGACAAUACCCCCAAAAUUGGGAGCAUCAGAGGAGAAGAUGUAGAUGAAGCACAAGUAACAAGAAAAGAGGUUGGUCCAGCAUACCCUGGAGACUGGCCACCUUGGCACCUGCACUCUAUUUCCAGCUUCAAGAAAAACCAUAGGUGCCAUCCCUGCUCUCAGAACGGCACGCCUAGGGAAUGGUGUGACCUGCCUGGAACAUAUUUUAAAAGUUGGCCAGAAUUAAGACAUGGCUGGGAUUUGGGUCUGAGUCUGCCAGUUGUCUCUGCCUCAAGAAUAGAAAAGCGUGUCUUUCUGGAAGAGGUCAGUACAUUCCAGGAAAUGACCGGUCACCAGAGACUCUGGAGCAAGGGGCAAAUAUGGGCCAGAGGUCCCUGCUCCGGCCAGAGAAGACUAGAGCAAGGGCCAGUCUGGGUCAUGGUUCAGGGUAAGAAGAACUGACCUGGCCAAGGAGAAGGAUAAUGCCCUGGAUCUGUGUACUGCUGUGUUCCCACGGCCUAGACGAAUGCCUAGCCUUUCGGAGGUGUUCAGUAAGGAUUUGUCAUGGGAACGAAUGGUUCUGCAGAGAUGGGCACAGGAAGGAGGGGGGCCUGGUCUUUAUUCCCCCAUGCACCCUUCCCGCAUAUCCUGGAGCCAUCCAAAGCCCAUACUGAUGGCCCCUCAAGCCAGUUUCCUCCUCCAUAAGGGGCAGGACCUACCCCUACCACCUACAGAGGGCGAGACACUGCCUGCUUCACAGGGUGGUUGUGAGAACUCGUGAGAGAAUGUGAAGGCCUUUGUCUAAACACUGAAGUUCUACCACGUGAGUUGUCCUUGCUACCAGCGGGGCCGGUCUCCCACAUGAAAGCUGGAGGCCUCUGCCCUUCCUUUGCUGGUUAAACAGUGUUGCAGGGAGGCUACAUGAUUAUUAUUAGGAAGGAGGUGAUCGCACCUUCCACCUUGUUUCCGGGGGCCACAAUCUUGCUCCAUCCUUGGCCGGGACCUCACUCUGCAUUGCUCCUUUGUCACCUGGCAGGGUCUCUUGGAGGCCUGGCUCGACUGUUGUUACCCACCCUCAUGCUGACCUGCCACCUCAUGGUUGCCGGGCAGACCAGGAACCGCAUCAUGGACCGUGCGGGUGAGAGGUGAGAGGAGGCUCAGCAUCUCCGACUUCCCUGGGGAGGGGCUACAGAUAACCCAGGUUUCCUGAGCUGCUGCAUCGCCACUCUUCCUUCCCCUCUUACUUCGUAAUAUUGGUGGUGGGAGAGAGUUAGAGGUGGACACCAAGACCCGGCGUGGCCUUACUCUGCGUUUCAGCAUCUGGAACAGAGGCUACUGGGGCACCACCAGAUGCUUUCAGGGUGCGGAUGUGGUUUGUGUGUGAAACUUAAAACAAUCACCACCGUCACUCUCAAAACGAGAUUGCAUAUACACCUCUUGAAAACUUGGAAAAUCCGGCCACACCAGGCCCACGUCUUUGCAUUGCAACAAAGGCCUGGAGCUCAGUGGUAGCCCCCAGGGGGCAGUAUGUGCAUGUCCUCCAGGCGGCCACCGUCUGGCCACGCAGAAUACGUGCAUGUGCAUUUCUGUGGCCCGUUGCUGAAGAAAGGCACUGUGAAGUCAUAUUAUGAACCAAGGCCAGAAACCAACCUCUGUUAUCUUUAAGAAUUUAUGAUGAG